AUGCUUCCAAGCAGAGGGAUUGUGCGCUCCCUCCCCUCACAGGGAGCUUGGAGGCAGGCGCCGAGCCGAUUGGUGGUGAGCAAUAACCUCUCCGGUCGAAAGCUGAGCCAUGGGCGACAGUUCGGGACCUCACUGCGACACGCCGACGGCAGAUUGACUACGUCCUCCUCACAGUUCCGACCUCGACUCGUCACCGCCGCUCCAAUUGUCCUCGGGGGCGUCUCAUCGUCAAGAUCACUGUCGCUCUGGGGCUGGGGUAGUGGAAGCAAGGACAAGGACGCUUCAGCAGCCGAAGCCGCUGCAUCAACACCAGAGACACCAGUCGCCGCCGCCACUCCCACACCAGCGGACCAGGCUUCAACAGCAGAAGCAGCCUCUUCUCCUACCACUACAACCGAUGCCGCAGCCGUUCCUUCGACGUCCGCGACGGACCCCGCCGCCGUCGCCGCCUCCGACGCCGACCUCUCCUCCAUCUCGGCGCUCAUCAACGGCCAGGACAUCCUCAACAUGCGCGAGGACAUUGGCUACCUGCACGCCAUCGGGCUGGACUACGGCUGGGGCUUCACCUCGGUCAUGCAGUGGGCGCUCGAGCACGUCCACGUCUGGACGGGCCUGGGCUGGGGCGCCUCCAUCAUGGCCACGGCGGUGCUGCUGAGGGCCGUCAUGUUCUACCCGCAGAUCCAGAGCCUCAAGUUCAACGCCGUCAUGCAGCGCAUGCGCAAGGACCCGCGCUCCAACGAGGCCAUGAAGCUCGUCCAGCAGGGCUUCCAGGAGAGCGACAUGGAGAAGCGCCAGCGCGGCCAGGUCCUCAACAAGCUGCUGCGCACCGAGUACGGCGUCAGCAACUGGGGCAUUCUGUGGUCCCUCGCCCAGAUCCCCUUCACCUUUGGCCUCUUCCGCAUCGUCAGCGGCAUGGUGCACAUCCCCGUGCCUUCGCUUGAGAACGCGGGCUUCCUCUGGUUCACCGAUCUGACCGCCACGGACCCUUACUUCAUCCUCCCCGCCGCCGGUACCGCCCUCAUGAUGGGUGCUCUGCUGAUCAACGCCAAGCACACCCCCCAGCAGCAGCGCAAGAUGCUCAAGCCCAUGAUGUACAUCUUCGGCACCGUCGGCUUCGUCGGCACCACCUUCCUCUCCGCCGCCGUCAACCUCAUGACCGUCUCCCUCGGCGCCGCCACCCUCCUCACCGCCCUCAUCCUCAACGUCCCCUCCAUCCGCCGCGCCCUCGGCCUCCCCCUCGGCCCCGCCGACGAGGCCCCCGCCGCCGGCUCACCCUCAAAGGUCCAGUACGAGGCCCCCCGCACGUCGACGACGGAGACACCCGGCAUGGCCGGCCUGCGGGAGCGUCUCACGAGCAGCCUCGACGACAUGAAGAAGGGCGUGUCCGAGUCCGUGUCCAACUACACGGGGACGUACUCCGGCACCGAGCAGGAGAGGGCCGAGAGGAAGCGCCGGGAGAUGAUUCGCAAGCUGGAGGAUCUGCGGAAGCAGCAGGAGCGAGAGCAAUUUGAGCAGAAAUACAAGGGCAAGAAAUAA